GUAAGAGUUUAUUUUUUAAGUACAUUUAUUUCAAAAUUACAACAACGGCAAAAAAAAAUGCGUCAUUUACAUUAAUACCUUACGAGAGGGACAAUAUUUUGACAUUUGUACGACAUAGACAAAAGUGAAUUCAAUAAAGAAAAAAGUCAACAACAUUAAAAAAACAUAAUCGUAUAUUAUUUGAGAUUCAUAUGUACUGGAUGUUGGUUGGAAUUUCGUCGAAAACAAAUCAGAUAAGAACAUUUCAAAAACAUGGCCGAUAGUGGAUAUGACUGGCAAGAUCAUAAUAGGCGAUUGGCACUGGAGGGACGUCAAAUACUCGAACGAACAUCAGCUAGUUUGGCGAGGUCGAAUCAAGUUGCAAUUGAAACCGAAAACAUUGGCACUGAAGUGAUAUCGGAAUUGGAUGAACAACGUGAAUCAUUGCUGCGUAGUCAGCGACGUCUUGAUGAAGCCAACGCUGACCUAUCCAAAUCAAGUGCCAUUUUACGUGCAAUGCAACGUAACAUUUUCUACAAUAAGCUAACAUUGAUUCUAAUUAUUGUUUUGGAAAUAUUUUGUUUGAUUGGAAUAAUCAUUCUUAAGGUUAAAAAAUAGAAAUAAAUGUGUUUAGUUUGAUACUUCUGUGUUAAUAUCGAAUAAAAUAUAAUUAUAGUAUAUGGUUAAUGACAAGUGUUUCAAGUCUGCCAUUCGGCUGAGCAUAAGGAAUACAAUAUAUGAAUUUGUAACUCAAUUUAUACAAACACGAUGAUGACGAAGAAAAAUAAAAUAAAUUACCUGAACAAUUACAUCAAAA